CGGAAGACCACAGCAGACUGUCCAAUACACGUCCUUCACCAACCUAUCAGGUAACUGGUAGUGUCGGCUGGAAAGGAACCAGAAAACGCGAUAUCUCCUCUUGACACACAUUCCACCACUGAUCGAUUCCCCUUAGAUAUCCUUCACCCUAGGCUCGCGAUUUCAGCACCCUGCACGCUCCAAUGCUGACAUCAAUCGUCCUCGUUUUAUUUUCUCUUUUAGUUAUCUACCGCUCCUUAUCGUUCUACAGAUCGCUUCAGCAUCACAUUUCCCAGGCCCGAGAGUCCGGUCUAAAAUUUUACAUCUCUCCAUUCUACUUCCAGUCUGUGCCGUGGAUUCUGCUUCAAGAAGCCUUACUGCCAGUUCUCCUCAAGCUUCCCACUUCGUGGACAGACUCAUGGCUUCCCCUUUCCCUCUUCUUUCGAAUAUGGCACUAUGGGUAUAAACCCUUCGAGGCUGCAGAUAACGAUACCUUCAUCGUUGCUUCUUCUGGUGGGAACGUGUUGUGGACUUGCGAUCCCGAUGUUAUCAUGCAAGUAAGCAGCCGUCACAAGGAUUUUGUAAAGCCAAUCGGCAUGUUAGGCAUGUUGAAUAUCUAUGGACCAACCAUUACAGCCUCAGAAGGAGAAGAGCAUCGCACCUACCGGAGGAUCGCCGCUCCUUCGUUCAACGAAGAGACACAUCGCACGGUGUGGGAAGAGUCACUCAAGCAGGGCGAAAUGAUGCUUCAAGUAUGGAGUGAAAACAGCGGAAGUGUGAAGGACCUGAACUCUUACGCUAGCUUAUUUGCGCUUCAUGUCCUCAGCAAAGCCUUCUUCCAGAAGCAGAUGACAUGGGAUGAGGAUCAUCAACUGCCAUCCGGCCACACCCUUCCCUAUGCGGACGCGGUCAGCUCCGUGUUCAAAUACGCUCAGACUCUAUUCAUGAUGCCUCGGCGAUUACUUGAGCACUCCCCGUCCUCGAAGCACAAGAAAGCCAUCCAAGCUUUUGUCGAAUUUCGCAAAUACAUGGAUGAAAUGGUGAUCGCAACCUCCACAAAUGUUGGAACAACCCCACAUAGUGAGGGCGGAAACCUACUCCAGAAUUUUGUCAAAGCCACUUUCGUAGAGGACACGGCCCUAAAUAUCACCCAUGAUGCGGUGCUGGGGAACCUCUUCAUCUUCAUUCUCGCGGGACACGAAACGAGCGCUAAUACCAUGACAUUUGCUAUCGCUCUACUGGCUUACCGGCCUCGAUUCCAAGCGGCAUUACAUGCAGACCUCGACUCAAUUCUUGGAGAGGGCGAUCCAACCACAUGGUCUUACUCCCAUCAUUACCCAAAACUGAUCAAUGGCCAUGUAGGUGCAUUAAUGAAGGAGACGCUAAGACUUUAUACCGUACUUCCAUUCUUCCCGAAAACGAAUGAACAUUUUCAGACUUUAAGCGUUCAAGGGGAGUCAGUUGCAAUACAUCCUAAAACUCUAAUCAUGGUCAACACGAGCGCCACACAUCGCAAUCCGAAGUACUGGCCCACUGCGAGGGAACAUAGCAAAAGCGAGCCUCCUCAUCCACUUUCGUCCUUCAACCCAGAACGCUGGUUACAACGCUUUGGCGAGGUUGGCGGCGAGACUGAGAGCAACUUCAAGCCUGGCUCGUACAUUCCCUUUGCAGAGGGAUUUCGCUCCUGUAUGGGUUCAAGAUUUGCCAGUAUUGAAUUCUGUGCCGCCAUUGCGAGAAUAUUCAGCCAGUACCGAGUCGAGUUUGAGGGUGGGACAAGUCCAGAAGCCCUCAGGAAAGCGGAACAACAACUGUCCUCUGGCGUAGGAUUCGAGCUAGGGUUGAAGUUGAAGGACCCACUGGUGGUAAGGUUUGUUAAGAGGAACUGGUGAUUGGAUGAAUUAAUUGAAUCCAUUCACAAACAAUCCGAAGUCUCCUAUAGCCCGAAUCUGCUCACAUGCAGAACGCGAGUGUACGGUAGUCGCAUUCUUUGAUCAGUUAUUUU